AUGGACCAACAGGAGCCCCCUGAGUUUAUACUGGACGUGUUCGCUGAUCCGCGUUCUGUUCACGACGUUGUUAAAGGGAUACUACAUACGAUAUUCUUUCAUCGGUUCUUCCCUUCACUUGUCCCUCAAACUCGGGAGUUCCUCGACCUUACGCUUCCUUAUGUCGACGACGAUGAGCUCGAAACCAUGAUAGAACAGCGCGUCGCCGCCCUUGAGCGCCAAAUUGAUGCUCAACGUUCCUCCGGCGGCGCAAAUAACGCUGGCAGUGGGAGUGGUACUGGAGGACGGGGGCAGCUUGUGGUUCAGUUCUUCGAGAAGCGCCGUCGUAAGGCUUGGUUGUCUCGUGGCGACGAAGAGGUUUGUUGGGAAUGCUGGACCAUAAAAGUAACUGUCGCGGAGCCGAGGACGGAAAGCGAACGAGCGAAGGUCCGACGCGCAAUGGAGCAAACCCUCCUAGCGACUGCGAUGAAGAUAGUAACAUUCGCAAAUACUCAUAAAGAUCACAUACCGCCCAUCACAACGCAAGGAGCAAACCCCUUCCCUUACAAAAUCAAUCUUGACCAGAAGGAGGCGGCAGGUUGGGCAACACGGAUGCGUAUAUACUAG